CUUAGGGUGUGCUCACAUGUGAAGAAUAAAGAAAAUUGUUACUUUUGACACUAAUAAUUAUUUAUCAUUAUUUAGAAAAAGAAUGGGACUUUAUUCUUUAGUAUCAUAGUAUUUCUACACCGAGACCUCAGCCUUAAAGUUUGCAAGUUGAUAUACGAUUAUAUAUAUUUUUUUAAUUGCACUCAACGUUUAUUGGUUGAAGGAAGUUUGUGACGGUUUCACUACCCCCAUUAGAAAUUAUUUUAAUAUGUCAAAACCUUUAAACUUCAAAUCGGCAUAACCAAAAACAGUCAUUUCUAUCUUUAACAUAUUUUCUUAUCAUUCAUGCAUUUUCUCUUAAAAAAUAGGAACUUUUUUGUAUUCAUUUUAACAAGAAGAAUGUCUUUCAAAUAUCCAGAAGCUCGUAGAGACGAAUCAAUCAAAGACAACUAUUUUGGAACUGAGGUUACCGAUCCCUAUCGUUGGCUAGAAGAUCCAGAUUCUAAAGAAACACAAGCUUAUGUUAAUGCUCAAAACGCUAUUACUGGGCCAUAUUUAGACGAAUGCCCUUAUAAAAAUCAAAUAAAAGAAAAAAUUACAAAUCUAUGGAACUAUCCUAAAUAUUCUGCACCAUUUAGACAUGGACAAAAAUAUUACCAAUACAGAAAUACAGGCUUACAGAACCAAAGUGUAAUAUUUGUGCAAGAAGGUUUUGAUACAGAGGCUACAGUAUUCUUAGAUCCAAAUACUUUUUCUGAAGAUGGAACAGUUGCUUUAUCUGGCACAGCAUUUUCUGAAGAUGGUAGUACUUUUGCUUAUGGACUAAGUGCUAGUGGGUCAGACUGGAUUGAGAUUAAAUUUAGAGAUGUAGAAACUGGUAAAGAUUAUGACGAAAUUCUUAAAAAAGUGAAAUAUUCACCAAUGACUUGGAUGCAUGAUAACAAAGGAUUCUUCUAUGGGGGUUACUUACACCAAACUGGUAAGACUGAUGGUUCUGAAACCAAAUCCAGUGAAAACCAAAAACUUUAUUAUCAUAGAUUAGGUACAAACCAGUCUGAUGAUAUUAUGGCUGUGGAGUUUGAUGAUCACCAACUUAGAAUGGGUGCACAUGUUAGCCAUUGUGGAAAUUACUUAGUGGUUACUCCAAUUAAAGGUUGUAAAAACAAUUUACUUUAUUUCAAUAAAUUUGAUAGUAAACAGAUUACUGGAACACUAAAACUUACUCCUGUUGUUACAAAGUUAGAAGCUGAUUAUGAGUAUUUAACAAAUUUGGAUUCGAAGUUUGUAUUUAGAACAAACAAAAGUGCACCAAACUACAGAAUAAUUAUUAUAGAUUUUGAAAAUCCUUCAGAAGACAAUUGGGUGGAUUUGAUUCCAGAGCACCAUAAAGAUGUUUUGGACUGGGCUCACAUUAUUAACAAUAAUAUGAUAGUUGUUUGCUACCUCAGAGAUGUAAAGAACGCCAUGAGUAUAUACGACCUUAAGACUGGUAAUAAGAUUUAUGAUUUCAAGUUAGAUGUUGGAACUAUUUCUGCCAUAUCAGGUAAACGUUACCAUAAAGAAAUGUUUUACAGCUUCUGUUCAUUUUUGACUCCGAAUAUUAUUUACAAAGUAAACUUUGAUAACAACGAAAUCAAGGAAUCUCUUUGGCACGAAACUAAAGUUGGUGAUUUUAAUGCUUCGCUCUAUGAAACACAGCAGGUAUUUUAUAAAAGUAAGGAUGGUACCGAAAUUCCCAUGUUCAUAGUAAAUAAAAAGGGUUUGAUUAAAGAUGCUACAAAACCCUGUCUGUUGUAUGGUUAUGGAGGCUUUAAUGUUAAUUUGACACCAUCAUUUGGAGUUUCUCGUCUUAUAUUUAUAAACAAUUUUGACGGCAUUUUUGCUCUAGCAAAUAUUAGAGGAGGCGGGGAAUAUGGAGAUAACUGGCAUAACGGAGGUCGUUUUGGAAAUAAACAAAACUGUUUUGAUGAUUUUCAGUAUGCAGCUAAAUACUUGGUAAAAGAAAAAUAUACAUCUGUAGAAAAACUGACCAUACAAGGAGGUUCGAAUGGUGGUCUACUAGUAGCAGCUUGUAUAAAUCAAGCUCCUCAUUUAUUUGGAGCCGCUAUUUGUCAAGUUGGUGUCUUAGAUAUGUUGCGUUAUCACAAGUUUACCAUAGGUUAUGCAUGGAAAUCAGAUUAUGGCAACUCUGAAGAAGAAGAUCAGUUUAAUUAUCUAUACAAGUACUCACCAUUGCAUAAUAUUCGGGUGCCACAAGACGAAACACAACAGUAUCCAGCAACACUUCUGUUGACGGCUGAUCAUGAUGAUCGAGUGGUGCCAUUGCAUUCUCUCAAGUUUAUAGCUGAACUACAUUAUAGAGCAGGCAGGUCUCCAUUUCAGAAAAAUCCUUUACUAAUCCGCAUAGAAACUAAAGCUGGUCAUGGAGCAGGGAAACCCACAUCCAAAAUUAUUGAAGAGGUGACAGACUACUUUGCUUUCAUAUCCAGGGCAUUAUCACUUAAAUUCAUUGAAUGAAUCUAACAAGGAAAAUAUAAAAAUACAAUUCAAAUUGUACCUUAUCACAAUUGCCAUUAAUGUUGAAAAUAUUUUAUAACUACUUUAUACGUUUAUAUACAUUACCAGAGCUAGUUACAAACAUUUAUCUUAGAAAUAAAAAUAAAGAUCUA